GGGCAAAAAGGAGUCUGGAGGUUCCACGCGUGACAUCACAAUCGCCUUCAGAUGUGGGCGGGUCCAGGGCUGCAUUUCCAAGGAGACCGUGCACACUGCCCCUGCUUUGCUCCCUCCUCUUCUCUCCUUCCCUUCCUGGUUUUUCCCUCCCUUUCUCCCUCCCGCCUUCCCUCCUUCCCUUAUUCAGCUGCUCCGGUGUCCAACCUGGAACCCCACCGCCUGUGCUGCAAGGGCGGGGGAGCUCCUCGGCCCUCAGGACUGGGAGGAUUCUGUACAAAUGAGCAUCACCUAUGUAAACAGGUUACCCAGCUGGGAAAGAGGACAUCUGCUGGCUGGUGUGGCGUCUAGCACUGAUGCAUCUACCUUCUCCUCUGAAGGUGAAUUCAGGGACACUGACAGGUGCUGCUGGAAACACAAGCAGUGCACCGGACACAUCAUCCACCCCUUCACCUCUGACUAUGGUCACCACAAACUGCACCUGCACUCUGUCAGCCACUGGGACUGUGAUUGUAGGGUGAAGGACUGCUCAGAGAAGACAAAUAGCAGCAGCUCCCAAGACGUAGGCUCAGCCUGUUCCCGAGACGUGGGCUCAACCUGUCUCAACAUCAUCCAGACCCCUUGCUUUGCAAAGCUCAUUCCAGAGGAGGAGUGUGUGGAGCGGUUCUGGUAUGGCUGGUGCAAAAGCUACAGGCCUGUCUCCGUGGCAGUGAUCCACCAUCCCAUCCACCAUGAGUGUGGGGCAGAUGACCUGGAGGAAGAGGAGGAAGAAAGCAAGCCUCCCAUCCCGAUCCAGGUGGGGCCCACCACCACCACCACACCCACCGACACCGGCGUAGGAAAGGGCACGAUCACGGGCGCCCCAGACUCGGCGGCUCCCAUUACCAUCUGGCGCUCUGAGAGUCCCACAGGGAAGUCCCAGGGCAGCAAGGUUAUCAAGAAGGUCAAGAAGAAAAAGGAAAAAGAGAAAGACGAGGAGGAGACAGACGAGAAGGCAAAGCUGAAGAAAAAAGUCAAGAAGGGCAAGUUGACUAAAAAGAAAAGCCCAGUUAAAUCGGAAUCUUCACCUCCAGACUUGAGCAGAUCAGUGAGCCCAAGGGAACUGGCCAGGAUGUCAGAGUCCAGCCCAGAGAGCAGGGAAGACCUGGAGAGUGAGGACAGUUACAAUGACCCCAGGCAGGAGGAGCCCUCCAGUGAUGAUAUUGCAGAGUCUUCACCCAGAAAGAGAGAUAAGAACAUGGUCCAGGCCAAGAAACUUGGAGCGAAGGCCUCUCCAGUCAAGAAGGUCAACAAGAGGAAAUCUCCCCCAGCAUCGAAUCUCGGUUGAGGCCAGGGCGACCAGGGUGAAGAAUAAAUACAAUCAAGGCUGUAGCCAAUCCCCUGAUGCUGUUCUCUCUCCCUCCAACUUGGCUACUUCUGCAGGGAGGGGGUGGGCUCUGGGCAUAGCUGGAGCAAAGGGGCUACAGGGCUGCAGGGGUUUCUUCAGGGCAAUCCAUCUUUCAAGAGGAAGCCCAUGUGAAGGCAGAUGAGAGGGUAGGGCAAGGGCACUGUAACAGACUUUCUCUAUGACAUCCUAGGCCCAGAGCAGAAGAGCACAGCUGGGUGGGGUGGGAAGGAGGCUUCCUGUCUCCUGGGAGACUGCUCUCAGUUAAAUCCACUCGGGGACAGGUAGGACUGUCUGUAGUGAUCCCCCUAAUAAACUGAACCUUUUAACCCACUCUACCACUGUGCCUGGCCUUUCCCUCCUCUAAGUGGCCCUAGAGAAGGUGCUGGUAGCACCAA